CAGGGAAGACGAAACGAAAACUGAAGUCUUCAAAAGUGGCGACGAGGUCUAAAGAGAGCAAACAGUUGCAACUAAGGAAAUGGCUGCUUACGAUCCUACAGAACACGACGGCAAUGCCUUUCCGUGUGUACGGGAAUAAGUACCGAUGUUUCUACUGCACCUCAAGUUUCAGCCAUUCGGUAGAGUUGAGAGAGCACACGAAGACCCACGAAAACGUUAACUUAGUUAAAACUAUCAGAACUAGUGUCACAACCCUAGUUGCGAAACUAGAUAUAGCCGAAAUGAGUUGCAAACUAUGCUCUCAAGAAUUAAAAGAUUUGGGGCAGUUAUUAGAACAUCUACAGAAUUACCACGAAGUAAAGUGUAGCCUUGAAGCGUCAGAUUACAUAUUGUGCUUCAAAUUAUCAGACGAAGAUCUCAGAUGUUUGAUAUGCGAUGAGAGCUUCUCAUACUUUGGCCCGUUACUGCUCCACACCCAUAGACUGCACAACCAAAGGCCGUACAUUUGCGAAAUAUGCGGCGUCAGUUUUGGCGCUAAGAAUGCUUUAGAAAAACACUCACAAAGCGUACAUCCAACGAAGAGUUACCAGUGUCGACAUUGCGAGAAAACAUUCACUGCGGUCCACCGUAGGGACAACCACGAAAAACGUAUCCACGAUGAAAGCGAACGGAAAUGCCAUAUCUGCUCUGAAGUUCUAGGAAGUAUUUAUAUUAGGGACACGCAUUUAGCUACAGUGCAUAAUAUCUGGAAGUCCGAAUUCAAAUGUGAAGAAUGUUCGCAAAUGUUUAGGCACAAAUAUCUUCUGGUCACUCACAAAAAGAGGGUUCAUUUGAAAGAGAAGAAUAUGACGUGUGAAGUGUGUGGAGACAAGUUCUUCGACAAACGUCUGUUGAAGUUACACAUGGUGCGGCACAGCGACACCAAACCGUUCAAGUGUGAGACGUGCCAGAAGAGAUUCCUAAGGAAACGGGGGCUCGAAAUUCAUACUAGAAUACAUACGAACGAUAGACGAUAUGCUUGCAAACAUUGCUCUAAGGCCUUCGUUCAAAUGGCCAGUCUGAAAUGUCAUAUGCGGCUGCACCACGAAAACUCUUAGAAUUGACAGGAAGAAAAGGUGUUGUCAAGAAAAGGGAACGUAUUUGUAAAGAAGACUAUGUUCCCACGAAAUCUAGAGGCACUAUCAAAGAGGAAGGCCCCGGCGAUCCGGACGACCGGACCAAAAUAAUGAGGCAAAAUGUCAUCCAAGUACUGAAGAAUUCAACCGUGAUGCCGUUCAGAUGGCUUAAGAGUUCCUACCGCUGUUUCUACUGUUACGAGGUCUUCGAAGAGCCGAAAGACUUAAAAAAUCACCAGGAAAUCCACGCUAGCGACGACGACAAACUUAAAUGCAUGGAAAACUACUGGGAAACCACAGUUCACGUGGACGUUUCCAGCAUAUCCUGCAAACUGUGCCCAAAAACUAUGAGCGACUUCUUCGAGUUGAUCGACCAUUUGAUAACAGUCCACGAAAUAUCUUUCAAUAAGGAUAUUGGGAGUUGCAUGAGUCCGUACAAAUUGAAUAACAUUUCAGUGCAAUGCGCGUUCUGUAGUCAGGAUUACCGGACCUUUGGCCAUUUGUUGCUGCACAUGAAUAAUGAGCAUAAAGGCUUCUCCCAGCUACUAUGCGACGUGUGCGGUCGGCAUUGUAGAAACAAAAACCACUUGAGAGAGCAUAAGAAAGAGCACAUCAACAGAUCCGUCACUUGUUCUAUCUGUGGAGAGACGUUGAGCAGCUACCACAAGCUCCGACCCCAUAUGCAAAACGUCCAUGACAAGAAAUACAAGUGUGCAGCGUGUCCUGAGCUAUUUGAGACACAUUAUAAAAGAUCCUUACACAUGAUGACGGUUCACAAGAGUCGGGAAGAGAUCAAGUGCCAGUUCUGUCCGAAAACAUUCGUUUUUAGGAGCACAAUGAUGACGCAUCUAAGGAUAACGCAUUUGCAGGAGAAGAACACAAUUUGCGGAGUGUGUGGAUGGAGAACUGUAGGAAAAAGUAAAUUAAAGAGACACAUGUCGAAGCAUAGCAACGAGAAGAAUUUCAAGUGUGCUGUGUGCGAAAAAGCGUUCAAAACAAAGAAGAAUAUGGUGCUCCACCACAGAAAUGUUCAUGAGAAAGAAAUGCAAAUGCCUCACGGAUUUGGCAGCCUACCGCCGGAGAUUCGACCGCCAAUUGUCUAAGAAGAAGCGCUUGUGUAAUAAGCAAUGAAUUUCAUCAAUCUAAUGAAGCUAAUUACUUGUUACUACCAUGACGAUAACCCAACGAAACGGUGAAGGUGUCAGACUGGCCGACUCGAAAUCCGAGAAACGCGGAUUCGAUCCCCACCACUGCUGGACUAUAGUGGUGAUGUGGUGCACCCCCUUGUAACACAUACAUUAAGUGCAUUAUUACUGCAUCUCACUUAGCACCAGGUGCGAUUGCGGUCAAAUACAUGCCUUGUCUUGCAUAAAAAAGUACGUGGGGUUAACGGGACUAUUAGUAAUUUGUGCAAUACAAAUUACUAAUAUUCUUUACGUGGCAGGCAACUUAGCAGAUAUUAAGCAAUACAUCUGAACUUAGCAAUGUACUUAUAGUCCCUAAAAGCUAAAUCACACGAUACAGGCGUCGUCUUACAUAGAAAUAUCUGUAACGGGCACACUCGAGGUGCGAUAUGGCGAAAUCGUGUGCUUUGGCUCUAACCUAACCAAACCCAUCUCAAGAUUUGCUAAAAAUGAUGUCUGAAGUUAAAUUAAUUAGCAAAAUACUCAUGAUAAGACUAUAAUUAAAUGAUAAUGCAAAUUGUUGCCUCUAGUGAUGCCGUUAAGGUUCAAAUGAGUUUCCGUCUAAAAAUAGGAUAAUAACCGAAAAGUAUUAAUUUUUGUAUGUUAGUAGAACAUAUUAUAAUAAUUCAGCCUACAAAGCACAAAUUAUUAUAUUUUAGUGCUGAGAAUAAAUAAUAGUACAUAAUGUAAGAAGUUAAUAUCUACAGUUAAUUUAAUAAAUGUCAAUCCACAGAUCGUUGUGAAAAUCCUUAGUGGUUGAAUCGCUACUGCUAUACCUACGUCAUUUGGUUGAAAUAGACCAGUAGGCCUUAGAUGCGCGUCGCGAUAAGCGGUUAUCACGCCAUUUUAUCGAUUUUGCCCAUACAUUUUGACGUCGAUAAAAGUUAUCACGGCGCGCAUCUUAGGCCUACAGAAAAAGUCAUCCGAUUGGUGUAAAUAUUGUAAUUAAAUCAAUCGCAGGUUUCAAUCCAUUAAUUUAUUUAUCAAGUUAGGUUUUAUUUGUAUGAGGUCCGUAUUACAAUUUUAUCAACGUUAGAAACUCGAUUCAAUCUCACUCAUAUACCUACCUACUUAGAUUAUCGCCCGUAUUCACAAACAACGCUUGCUUAGUUGAAGCAGCAAAUCGAACGCACAGCGUUGAAUAGAGCUCUGUGAUUGGUUCGUGUGUCACCUUGUGCGUCCACGCGCACUGUGAGACCUCGGCGGCGGAGGCGU